UUCUCCUCUCUGCUCCUCCUAACUCUGACCUGUCCGAGGGCAAAGGCAGAAUGGGUUGUCGUCUCACUCGGACCAAGACUAAAACCCGUGAACCUGCUCACCACCGACACCGAGAGGAGCGUCACUACGUGGACGAGUAUGGCCAGCCGGUCGCUGUGCAGGUGGAAGCUAAAAGGGGGCAUGGUCACAGGAGGCGAAGGUCCCAUUGUGCAAUUGAGUGCAGCGUCCCCACAGAGAGACACUGGGAGGCCCUGAGAGCCAUGGGGCUGAUGGAGGGAGAGGAAAGUCAGGGAGACGGCUACACUGCAGGGCCUUAUUAUGGUCACAUGACUGUGUCACCUGACCUAUACCCUCCCAAUGGUCACAUGAUGAUGCCACCUGAUGCCUACCCGCCCAAUGGCUACCUCCCCAGAUCAUCAAAUGGCCAGCACCCAGGCAACAACUACCUGCCCAGUGUGUCCUACAGCUUAGACCACCUGGACAGACUGGACUACCGGGGCCAAGAAAUGUUGCACUACCAGCCUAACUCUGAGAGCUGUCUGAUUGGCUGUUACGGUGCAGAAGAAGUGGACCCGAAGAAUUUCCCCAGACAGUCGGACUAUCGUCAGCCCUGGAGGUCUGAACGUCCUCUUGGCUACCUUCCCCUCAGUGAGCUUGACAGCGGAUUAGGCUGUGGCCCCGACAGCCCACACAACCGGAUGGCGCUCUCCGAAGCUGAGACAGAUGCCAUGUCAUCACUGCCUGGCCACACCCCUUCCUCUCAAGGAUCCUCCUCUUCCUCCGAGUCCCUAAUCUCCUCUGAACCCAGCGACUCAGGCUUCCACAGUGUCAGCACUGGGGAGCACAGACGGCUACACAAGAUUCACGGAGGCCACACUCACCGGCAAGCUCACCAUCUUCGCUCAGGCCACUCCCCUCGUGAGCAGAGAGGACGCUGGGAUUUGGAGUCAAUUCCUGAGACGACACCGAUGACCCAACCUGGAGUACCACAAGCAUCACAUUGCUCUGUGGGUAACAGCACGACCACAACAGUUCACUUCCACAGAGCUGAGAGGAGUCCCACUUUACCUCGUCACCGUUCACCACCCUCACCCUCUAUCGGUUGUCGUACUGAGCCUUGUCAGCGGAGGGCGCUAUGGUUGGAGCAGCAGCAGCACAGACGAGGCGGGACUGUAGAGGGUCCAGGUAGGAGUCGAACAAUAACAGAUUUGAGUGAAGGACAGCGGCGCCGCAGGGCGAGUCAUCCCAACAUGACAGAUCCAAACACAGCCCAGAUAAACCAGCCAGACACAACCAGCAAUGCACUGGGGCCCAGGAGCAGGGCCAGCUAUCCCAAUAACUGUCACCCUGCUAGUCAUCUGAGCAUAGACAAGACGAGUCUGACCAAUCACCAGAACACAAUGAGAAACAGCCCGGGCUCGAACCGCAGCAGGGAGGAGGACUCGCUCUCUAAGAGCCCUGGAUCCGGCUCCAGUGGAAUGUCCGACUGGCGUGGCAUUCAGACCCUUGGGAAUCGCCCUGGCAAGCCAAAGGGCACAUGCAGUCCUUUCUACAGCACUCUUGGAGCUCCGCAACGUAGUCCUCGCUCUCCACCCUCACCUCGCUCCAGACUGUCCAAUCAGAGGUCAGUCAGGAAUCAGCUGCUCAGGGCCCGGGCGUACCGUCUGGCCAGGGAACGCAGUGAGGUCACCACAGACGAGGAGGUGCGAGGAGAGGGAGGCAGACUAGGGGAAGAGGAAGGAGAAGAUGGACGGUUGGCGGGCAGAUACUGGAGCCGGACGGAAAGGAGACGCCACCUGGCGCUGUCACGCCAACACCGAGAGAGGAGAGGAGGUGGGGAGGAGCAAACUGGGAGCAUUCAGGGGUCACUGUCAUCUCAGACGGUGCUGGAACUGAGCCACAUGAAGCAGAACCGACUGAGGAACAGCAAGCUGCUCGAUGAUUGGACAACAGUGGAGGAGCUGUUGACUCACGGGACUCGAGUGGAGAGCGACAGCCAGCUUUGUCCCAGCCCACUGCUGUCGGUCACUACUGUCUGAUGGGAACGCAAUACUUCACCAUUUCCUGAUCACACUGAACAAAACCUCCAAGAUCACUCAGACCCAGAUUCAUUAAAUAUGUGUGGUGGAAACAGCAAACUUCAUGGUCACUCAUGUCUCAGUUACACAUAUAAAUUACAUUAUUUUUAACACAUUUGAAAACAAAGCUUUGUGUAUUGGGGACACAAUUUGCAAGAUUUACCAACAUAAAUCUCACUGAAUAUCCUUUUAAGUCCUUAUAAAGAGAAAAAUUAAGACAAAAGUUUACACCUUUCAGUAAUCAGUUCUCCAAAGCACGCUGCCAUUAAAAGAAAUGUAUAACUCGGACCACAUACCAUUCAAGCUCAUUUCAAGUUUACUGCUGUAUUUACAUUCAGUAGAAAAGAAGGCCCAUUUUUUUUUUUUCCCCACGAUUGGACAAGUCAAGACUUCCAGUGUGAUAAGAAGGAAGCUGCUCAUCUUGAGACUCUGAAAUCCUUAGUGCCAUUGUACGUUAAAAACAGUCUUAAGGUCCCUUCUUGGAACCGUGUUGGUAGUCUGUGAACGCUAAACCAUCGUAUACGUGUUGUAGCUGUUAGCUAAAAUGUUUCUACUCUAGACUUUAUGUUUGUGCCGUUGUUGGUCCUUUAGCGUAGCUCAUGCGUGGGACGUUGUUUGCAGUGGGCUGAAACAGAUAAAUACUAUGAAAACUGUCCAUUGUGACCACUUCUCAUGCUUUUUGUUAUUUUGUUGUGCUUGUUCGUCACCUU